AUGGCAUUUAACUCUAGGUCUCACAGCUUGACCUUGUUCACUGAAUACUACUAAAGGAAGUUUAUUGCACACAAUAGAAGCUGGAGCAACAUAUUUCAUAUACUGAUAAUUACUGUAGUCAUAAUAUUGCCUUUUAUCCUAACUUUCUAAGCCGGAAUGUUCACAGAUCCAGCUACCAAGAUCUCUGAAAGUUAUGUAUAUUCGACAUCUAGCUUGAUAAAUAACCAAGCCUAAACAUUGCUUAACCCUCCUGCGAUUUCAACAUCCAGUUAAGACUUCAACAGAGAUGGAAUGGCGGAAAGAUGGAACAUCAGUAUGAAAGUAAGAAAGCCUGCUGAUAAUCUGCUCUUAAGCCAAGUUACAGUGAUUGCUGGGUUUGAUUACCAAACUGUGGGAGUUGUUGACAUGUAAAUGAAAUCCUUGGCUAUUCUUUAGAAGAGCAUCCCAAUAUAUGACACGAACCCAGUCAGCAGAAUAAAAGCCAUAGGUUCAUUACAGCUGAAGUAGCUUUACCCAUUACGAAGAGUAAGAGGAAUAAGAUCCCUGUACAAUGACAAUCUAUUUGGGUAUUUAGAAGGUGUUCCCUCGUAAUCAUACCUAGAUAUAGAUUUGGUUAUUAACAUUCCAACUUAUCAAGAAAUACUCUACAUUCCCAAUGUAUGGGAGAUUUUGAAAUUUGCCUGGAUUUAGUACUACUCAUUCAUGAUUAUUAUAUAUGUAUUCCUUUACCAUUUCUUCUAUGGCUACGUUAUAAAGAAUAAAGUUUACGAAACAUCCCUAAACACAGGACAAUAGUCCAAACGUUAAUCUCUUAAUGCCCAGAUCACUAAAUUAGGCUAGAUGCAUAAGAAUUCCAGUUAGAAUGAGCUUUAAAAUAGCAUGCAGUCCCACACAGUAUUUAACGCAAACUUCAACGGGAAUGGAUCAACCAGUCAUAGGGAAUCUACAGCCAGUUUCAAUCUAAUGUUCCACAAUUCAAGUAUUAAGAAUAUGAAUUUGCCUCUUUAACUCUCCUCUGCCAAGCAUAGAGAGUCAAGUUCGCCUAUGAUGAACCUAGUAUCACUACAGGAUGCCAGAAACGAAAGGAAACUUAGCAAAAAUAAGUUAAGACAAAACUAUGCCACAUCUGCUGAGAGAGCCCAGUCACCUGACUAGUCAGUACUUUACCCAAAAAGCCAAUAGAAAAAUAACACUUCUUUUUAGCUUCAGGACUUGAGGCUAAUCAGAGAGCAGGUAAAAAUCCAGAAAUAAAAUCAUAUACUUGGUGUCCAGAGAAAAUCACUUACUCCUACAUCAGGAUUUGAACCCACUAAUUUGAUAGACGAAAAAUUGAAUCAAAUAAAUCUUAUUAAAGGAGUCAGUGACAAUGAGCAUCUUUAUCAUCAUCGACAAAGCCCAAUGAUGUUGCACUUCAAUACUACAUCUAUGAGAUCUAGCUAGCUUAAUAAUACAGAAUAGGCCAAAAGUGGUGAUUAUGGCAACAAAAUUGGUGAUAUAUCUCCGUUUACAAUUGGAAACUUGGGUGAAAAGAAUGUGGCUUCAAUUAGAAACUCUUUUUAAGCGAUUGAUAUGCCUACUCUUCGAUGCACAUCAUCUAAUGGCUUUGACUCACAAGUUGAGCAACUGAGAAGAAACAACUCAAGGCUUUCUCUUAACGAGCAAUCAAGUAUGUAAUAAAAGAUCCUCAGCAAACAACAAUCUAAUCUUUAGCUGCAUCAGAUAGAUGAAAUCUCCUCACAAGUUAACUAGAUUGCUUUACCUUAGAGUGUCAAAACAAAUCCAAUGUCCUUAUGUUCCAGGCUUUCCUCAGAUCAUUUUAGAACUGCAAAGAAUAAUGAUUCAAGCUAACUUGAAAAUUCCACAUAUUAUUAGAGCUCAACUUAUGGCCUUAAAUAAAAAUAAGUUAAACUACUAACAUCAAAUAUUAUGGCUGGAGUCAAUCAAAGCGUAAACAAAGUGAAUGAUAUGCUGAGAAACAAACAGAAAGUAAUCACUCCAAAGAAAACCGAUAUAAUACCACUAGUUCUUAGUGAUCUCUAAAAAGUCAAUGUUCACAAGAAAGAUGAAAAAUCUUAAAGAAAAUCAAGAACUGAAGGACUUAAGAUGGUCCAGUCGCAAAGAAAUAGUGGAGUUAAUAAGCUCGACACUUUAAUUAAUAAGUUCGCUCAUAACAAAAGACUAAGCAACAAAUCUCCAAGUGGGUUUAGCGCAAGUACACAAGAAUUGAAUUAGAAAAAUCAAGUCCAUAACUUGAGCAAUAAUCAUACAAAUUCGAAAAAUGAAAUCAAUAGCACAAUUGAAGGGAAUAGAUAUAACAUUAUCUCUAAUAAAUCAAGGAAUUUCGAGAAAUAGUCUCAUCAAAAACCUUAAAUAAAAAAUAUGAACAGUCACCCUGCGAAGGUAACCAUUUUAAUUAAGGAUAGCAUCGAGGAAAUUCAGAAUAACAUUGAUCAUAAUUCUAGUUAAUCAAUUUAUUCAAGCAUCAAUCAAAAGUCAUUCAAAGUUGACUCUUUUCACUAACUUUAGUUCUAGUAAAAAUUAGGACAUAUGUCAAGCAGGUCAAGCUAACAUAGAUAAAAAGUACAAAAGCUCUCACUAGUAGGUCCAUCAACCAGUGACAAACUGGAUUAGAAAUAAGUUAAAUCUAUUGAAAGGAUAAAGACAUCUCCACAGUAACUAUUCUUUAAAAGAAGUCCAAAUUCAUCAUAGACUAGAUUUAGUUUACUCUCAAAUUUAAGCAAGACAUAAAAGAUAAUCCCGAAUCCAUAGGGAGUAAAAUCUAAUAAUAAAAACUCAAAUAAUGUAUCUUUGUAAAAUUAAUCGCUUGAAAAGUUCCAAAAUCAAAUUGAGAGCCAUAAUAAACUUAAAUCUAACUUUAAUAUGCCACUUUCUCUAUCAGCUAUUAGAAAUUUCAUGAGUAAAGAUAUUAGGAAAGUAGCUUCUUAAGAGAGGCCGUAGAGUUUGAAUUCUAGAACACUUUAAGAAUCAAAGAAAGCAAAUAAUAAUUUACCUAGGUAGUUAAAUUCCUCAUCAUCAAUGAGUAUGUUUACUGGAGUAAACGGCAAUAAGAAUAAGCAUAUCGAUCAAUAGCAAUAGUAAAUUCAAUCUAAUAAAUAGACUGAAAAGAGGUUCCUAAGUCCUUUAGCUAAGAAUAUGUUGCAAAGUAUUGUUUCCCAAGUACAUUAAAAUGAAAAGCAAAAGAGACCUUUCUUGAAGCAAAGUAGCAAGGAAAACGAGAACUAGCAUUUGGCGAAGAGAAGUUCAAUCCAAAUGAUUAAAAAGAUACCUGUUAAUCUACAGACGAAUACUAAUAGUACCUUGAAUCAGCAAAAAACUAACAAUACAACAAGAGAAACCAUAAAUAAGAGGCAGAUUGUUCAGCCAAAGAAGUAAAGAAAUAAUUCUAGAAAGAGAUGGACUUAGAAAAUGGCUGAGAAAAUUAAGAAGGAGGUUGAUGAAAAGUAAAAGGUCAUUGAAACAUCAAACUAGACUACAAAGGUCGCAAUCUUAGACGAGAACAUGAAUGUCAUUAGACAUAGUUUCAGGAAUCAGAUAUUUGAUGGAAGCAAUUUAGCUAGUCUUACUCCUGACUCGACCUAAUUCUUUUAUGAAAAUCAGACUUAAUUUGCCAAUGGUGAAUCUAGAUUAGGUUUGACAAACAUGUCUAAUGAUCAUACAGUUAGGAUUACAGAUGAAAGCAUGGGCUCAUCGAGUAUGAAUGACUUGACUAGAUAACAUCAAAGACUUAUUAAAAAGAAGCAAGUUUCCCAAAAUUCUUUACUCUUAAAUAGAAAUCUAGCAAGAAAUAGUGUAUUAGAGAUUGAGAACAUUCUGUUUCAGAAUGGCAUCAUAUCUAAAAGAGACUGA